UUAUUUUUUUACAAUAUCUACAAUAAAGUUGUAGUAGGUAAUGUAAGUAUUUAUCAUAAUGUAAAGGACUAUUUCAGAAAUGUCUAAUCUGUUUGUAUUUUUGGGCAUUGUGCUCUUAGCACAUACUCAUGCUGACCAUCCGUUACCGUACGAAAGAGAUUUUCCAGAAGUUAACUUUGAUUUUAGUGUAGCUUCUAGAAAUGCAGCACUAUACCGACUUCCUCAAAAUGUGAUUCCAGUAGAAUAUGAUGUGUAUCUUGACUUGUAUUUCGACGAAAGAACAGAUAGGCCUUAUAGUUACGAUGGAAAAGUUGAUAUUGUGAUACAGGCAGUGGAAGAAAAUGUACAGCAAAUAGUUUUACAUGCUAAUGUUGAUACCAUACAUUCAGUCAGUUUGAUGAGAAAUAAUAUUCCUCAUCCUUUAAACGUAGCUAAUCCGGUACAAAUUAGACCAGAGUACCAUUUCAUCAUAAUAAACUUGGACGAAGACUUAGAAGUUGCUGUGAAUUAUACUCUUACGAUCGAAUAUGAAAAUGAAAUGAAUGAAGGUCCAAUGAAGAGAGGUAUUUGGAGAGGAUGGUACAUAGAUGACAAUGGUGUCGAAAGGGUGUACGCGACCACACAUUUUCAACCAUAUAAUGCGAGACAAGCUUUCCCCUGUUGGGAUGAACCAUUAUUCAAGGCAGUCUUCAGACUUCACAUAUCAAGACCUAUAAACUACAGUGGCGUAUUUUCAAAUACUGGCAUUGAAUAUAUUCGAUUGUUUGAGAACACUCGAGUUCAAGACAAUUUCUUUGCUACGCCAAGAAUGUCAUCCUACCUUGUAACGUUUUUAGUCAGUGAGACAUUCCAAGUGAUAGCUCAAGACACAACCCAUAAUCCACCAAUCAGGAUUAUUGGUAGAUCCAACACAGUUGGUAUGGCAAACCGUACUUUAGAAUUGACAGUAAAGAUGACAGAAUUCUUUGAUGAAUAUUUUGAAAUCCCCUACUCCACUCUUCAUCCGCAUCUAUUUAAUGACCACGUGUCAUCCCCUGACUGGGCUUCUGCUGGUACUGAAAAUUGGGGAAUGGUCAGUUACAGAGAACUGUACAUGAUCACCAGUCCUCGUGAAACGCUCAUGUCAGUCGAACAUUACUCAGCCACCCUUAUCUCACACGAGCUCGCGCACAAAUGGUUUGGUAACCUUAUCACAUGUUAUUGGUGGAGUAACACUUGGAUCAACGAAGGUUUUGCCAGCUAUUUUGGCUAUAUUGCCACAAAUGAGGUAUUCGGUACAUACGAACUAGACGAGCAUUUCAACAACCGCUACCUUCAAACUUCUUUGUCUUUCGACUCCAGUGUUUCUACUGUACCUAUGAACCAUGAAGUGAAUACUCCAGCAGAAGUUACUGGCCAUUUUGGUACUAUCAGUUAUUCUAAAGCUGCAGCGUUCUUAAGAAUGACCGUUUCUAUGAUUACAAAGGAAACGUUCAGAAAAACAUGCCAGUACUUUUUGACUGAUAACGCAUACGAAGCUACGAAUCAAACGCAUCUCUUGAAUGCAUUUUUAAAGGCUAUUAGUGAAGACAAUACUCUAUCUGCGUACCAACAUUUCAAUUUUACUAACUAUUACAAUAUCUGGGUAAAUCAACCUGGGUAUCCCAUACUGAAUGUUGACAUAGACCAUACUACCGGCGACAUGUCACUUAGUCAAGAACGUUUCUUCAUUAGUUCUUCGGCUACACCAACGGAACAAGUAACAUAUCCUAUACCAAUAACAUACUCAACAGAAAGCUCUCCUACAUUUGGUAACCUGACUCCUGUGUAUAUAAUGGAUGUACCGAAUAUUGUACUUACGAAAAAUCCGGGAGAGGAAUGGGUUAUAUUCAAUAAUUUACAGCAUGGACACUACCGAGUUAACUAUGACGAAAGAACAUGGAAUCUUAUCGCCGACGCUUUAUAUAAUAAUCCUAAUUCUACACAUUAUUUGAAUCGUGCGCAGAUCGUGGAUGACGUGUUUGCUUUAAUGAGGUCCGGAAGGAUGAGUUACAAUUUCGGUUUCCAAAUAUUGAAGUUCCUCCGCACGGAAGUCAACUACCACGUCUGGGAUCCCGCUAUUUCUGGCUACACUUGGCUAAGGAACCGUUUGAGACACCUACCGGAGAAACAAGCUGAAUUUGACGCAUUCAUUUUGAGCUACUUGGAACAUGCGAUCGAGUACUACGGCUAUGAAACUUCGUCGUCUGAAUCUCCGACUCACACCAUGACUCGGCAAAUCAUUCUUCAUUUUGCCUGCCAAAUUGGACACGAAGGUUGUGUUCGCGAGUCACGGCAUAGAUUUGUUGCAUACAGGAACAAUCAAUUUGUUUGUGCUGAAACUGAUGGGUCAUCAUCAGAGUGCGUCAAUGAUAGUACGGAGAUUUAUUCUUGGGUCAACAUUGGUGUCCGGCGUAAUGUCUAUGUGAUUGGUGUGAAAGAAGGUACAGACGUAGACUUUGAGUUUAUGGUGAACCUCGCCAACACAACAAACUAUGCUAAUGACCAACUAGAAAUGCUAAGAGCACUUGGUGCCGCCAAAGACCCGUUACUGCUAACAAGAUAUUUAGAGCUGACUUUGACAAAAUUCGUAAGGUCCCAUGACAAAGCCAACUCUUUCACCUACGCUUUGCUUGGGAAUCAAGAAAACGCAAACACCGUCUUGCAGUUUGUUAAGAAUCAUAUUGAUGAAAUGAGAAUUGCGUACGUUGAAGAUUCUCCCGCUCGACCAGUGCACACAUGCCUUAGUAAUCUGGCUGCUUAUCUUGAUGGAGCUGGAUUGCAAGAGUAUGAAGCAUGGCUUCAUUCAACCCAGUCCGAUUCAGCUCAAUACGCUACUGCAAUCUCAGCAAUCAGUUCGGCGCGCGCUAACAUGCAGUGGGGUACAACAAAUGCUGACACCGUAUUAGCAGCAGCCAGAGGCGGUUCUACAAAGGUUGUGAUGUCACUCGCCAUGCUACUUAUCAUGGCUACUUUAGCCUUAGUAGCAUGAGAUGAUGCAGCAUUAACUGUAGUAAUUUUGGGAAUAUGAAAUGAGAGCUGUAUGACCCAAAUUUAACUUAUCGACGACUAGUUGACGUAAUAGUUUACAUUUGUAGUUAAAACAAUGCGAAAUAAACUUGAUAUUUAA